UGGGUCUUUCAUGACAAUAUAUGCGCGCACGAAAUGAGCGUUGUGUCUAUGUCGUCUGUGUUGCCUCGAACUCCCGCUGAAAUCAAUGGGCUCCUGAGCAUUGUGUUUGUUGGCCCUGGAAAAUUCAAGCCUGAUCAGUUGGUCCUGUUUUUCGAGUGCGUAGGACAUACCUGGGUAUUCCUCGUGUGGUCGAAGGAUCACCAUCGGUUUUAUCUUAAAAUAUACAUUGAACGAGAAAAUGUU